AUGAUCCGUUACAGAGGACAUCAUUAUAGUUUUAGAAAGAGGGAUAGUAACGAAUACAGGAAGAGAUGGGUUUGUACUAAUUCACAUGGAGGGUGUAACGCCUCCCUUAUCACAAUAGAUGAUGUAAUCGUUAAAAUUGAUCAACUAACAUUUGUUAUUUCACGGAAGGGCAACAAAAUGAUCCGUUACAGAGGACAUCAUUAUAGUUUUAGAAAGUCGGAUAGUACCGAAUACAGGAAGAGAUGGGUUUGUACUAAUCAACGUGGAGGAUGUAACGCCUCCCUUAUCACAAUAGAUGAUGUAAUCGUUAAAAUUCGAACAGUCAGUUUUGUGCUAUCUCGUAAAGGCAAUUUAAUGGCUCAGUGUCUAGGAUAUAAUUUCAGCCUGGACAAGUAUCAUAGCGUGGGAGUCAAGAAAAGAUGGAUUUGUACUAAGACUCAUUAUGGCUGCAAAGCAUACCUUAUCACAAUAGAAGAAGAAGUUGUUAAAAUGGGAAACGCCCACUCACAUUAA